GCUAGUGCGAAGGCUAUGAACUUAGAAAUGGAGAGCAAUUUGAAGAAAUGACCUUAAAUCUUAGUGUACUGACCCCUAAUAGAAUUGUUUGGGAUUCAGAAGUGGAAGAAAUUGUUUUAUCUACUAAUAGUGGUCAAAUUGGCAUAUUACUAGAUCACUCCCCUAUUACCACAGCUGUAGAUAUAGUGAUUUUGAGAAUACGCCUUAACGACCAAUGGUUAACAAUGGCUCUAAUGGGUGGUUUUGAUAGAAUAGGAAAUAAUGAGAUCACUGUUUUAGUAAAUGAUGCAGAGAAGGGAAGUGACAUUGAUCCACAAGAAGCUCAGCAAACUCUUGAAGUAGCGGAAGCUAAUGUGGAAAAGGCUGAAGGAAGGAGACAAAAAAUUGAGGCAAAUCUAGAUCUACGAUGAGCUAGAACACGGGUGGAGGCUAGCAAUCCGAUUUCAUAACUAGUUGAUAUGUUUGAAUAAUAAAAAGAAGUUCUCUUUCUAAUCCUAUUUAGAUUCCGUUGGGUGAAUACAAUCAAAUAGAAUCAAACAGAAUCCAAUUCUGAUGCAAAAAUUCAUUAAAAAAUGAAAUAGAAA